UUCACUUGGUCUCCAUGAACUGUUCGUUCAUUCGUUCAUUAUUCAUUAAAUCAUUCAAUCACAUAGGUAGGUCAUUGGCUGCCGGUUAGCUCCAUUCGUCGCCAUCUUUCUUUUCUUACAAAUUUUUGUCGGCAUAAAGAUAUACAAUGGGCACCGUGGAACGCUCUGGUGAUGAUCACACCUCUGAAGUGGAGUCUGGAGAAGAAGAAGAAAUUGUCGGAGGUGGAGAACUUGCGCAGCAUCUAAUGAAGAGCGGGAUUACUCGCAACGAAAUGUUGGCCGCUAUAACGAACCGCAUCCACGUGGAGGCGCUAGCGUCGCUGCCACCGAACGUGCGUCGGCGCAUCCGCGCGCUGCGCACAUUACAGAAGGAGUUUGUCGACAUCGAGGCGAAAUUUUACAGUGAGGUGCACGCUCUUGAGUGCAAAUACGAAAAGCUUUACAAACCUCUGUUUGAAAAGCGCGCUCAAAUUGUAAGCGGCUCGUAUGAGCCCACUGAUGAAGAAUGUUUGAACCCGUGGCGUGAUGAAAAUGAGGAGGAGGAACUGGCCCGCGCCGUUCAGGGCGCUGCUAUUACUGACGGUACGGAGAAGAAGCCCGCUGAGGAAGAAGUUAAGGCCAUUGAACCCGCAAUGGAUCCUAAUGUCAAAGGCAUUCCAGACUUCUGGUACACCAUAUUCAGGAAUGUGUCUAUGCUAUGCGAAAUGAUGCAGGAACAUGACGAGCCUAUACUCAAGUGUUUGCAGGAUAUUAAAGUGCAAAUGCACGACGACCCUAUCGGCUUCACACUAGAGUUCUAUUUCGCACCCAAUGACUACUUCACAAACACUGUACUGACCAAGGAGUACUCUAUGAAGUGUAAACCUGAUGAAGAGAAUCCAUUGGAGUUUGAAGGUCCUGAGAUUUAUUCCUGCAAGGGCUGUGAAAUUAAUUGGAAGAAAGGCAAGAAUGUGACUGUGAAGACGAUAAAGAAGAAGCAGAAGCACAAGUCGCGCGGCUCCGUGCGCACCGUCACUAAAUCGGUGCAGGCCGAUUCUUUCUUCAACUUUUUCUCGCCGCCUGCCAUGCCCGAUGACCCCAACUCCACUCUGGCCUCUGAUAUUCAGGCGCUACUCACUGCCGACUUCGAGAUCGGCCAUUACAUCCGCGAGCGUGUCGUCUCCCGCGCCGUCCUGCUCUACACCGGCGAGGGGCUCGACGAGGACGAUGACGAUGAUUACGAGGAGGAGGAGGAGGAGGAAUGUUCCACAGAGGAAAGUGAAGACGACGAGCCAGCGCCCAGAAGAAGAGGCAAGAAGGCCAUCAAGGGCGCACAACAAGAAAACCCCGCGGAAUGCAAGCAGCAGUAGCGUUGAGCUAAAUGUAUUACGGUCCAACACGUAACAGUUAUGUAUUAUAACAUUAGGUAUUGUCUAUCACGGAGUCGCGUACUGGUGCUGUCUAAUGCUGGACGCACACCUAAACGUGCCGCAGUUGAAUAUUCUCUUAUUCUUGUAUACCUAUUUUGAGUUCAUCGAAUCGAUAGGUAACGUGUGCGGUUGUUGACUGUAUUAGGUGUUGUCCAAUAUAUAGCCAACAGGUCGAUACAUAGGUUUUAAUAUUUCUCCAAAAUACAUAUAUUGCUACUAUGUACAAUUUGUAACGUCCUACAGCUAAAUAUAAAACUGGUCACAUUAGAAUCAAGCUGUAUGUUCGGAAUCGAAUGACGUCUUCCGAACUACGGUAUAAUGUCUAGUAUUUUAUUCUAUUUAUAUUUUACUUUAUUCGCGCAUUGAAUUCUUAAUCGCCCGACUAAUGUUGUAUUCGAUAGAAGCCGUUAUUCAUGAGCACGCUUCAUAGCUAUGUCGCGAACACCUCUAGUCGGGUAACCCCAAAGUUAAUACGUGAAUAAAGAUAAUAUAAGUUAUUAUUACAACACAGUAUGACUCACAGUAGUUAUUAUUUUAUUUAAACGCGGAAUAAAAAAAAUGUUCACUUAAUUUUCUAUGCAUCCCGAAAUGAUUGAUGCGCGUUUAGGUGUAGGUUUACUUUAUGAGGCAAUCUAUGAUGUUAAACUAUGUUUUCUCUGCUCCAGUUAUAUAUUUUUAAUAAUAAGGAAGCGAGGCUCGAUCAUAGCCAAGCGAUAAAUUCAAACAUUGAUCGAACACCAAGCUGUUGACUUGACUUUCUUAAUAAUUCCAAAAUUAUAAAUUUCAAAUUAUUCUUACUAAAUCUGCCUGCAAUUGAAUUGGUGUGGUGAUGAAAAACAUUGCAUUUGAAGUUAUUUUUGUGUAAAUAUUCCAAAUUCAAAUAAUCAAUAUUAAAUUCUUAAAAGUUGCUAUUUUUCUCAAUGUAAAGUAUAAAAACGAUUAAAGUUAAUAUCCAAUGAAUACCGUCAUUUUAAACAUGAUGAGUUCAUGUGUGUUCAGUGUAUUUCUCGGUAGCCUGUAUAAGAUAGACGACUAAAGCUUCAAUAUAAAAUUAAAUAAUCAUCAACUUGACACAGGCAGCGUUUCAUUGCAAUGAUUUAUAAGAAUAAUUUUAAUAAAGGACGUGAAUUUAAAACAAUGCAAUUCUAAAUCUCCUUAGUAGCUAGUUGAAUUUGUAUAAUAUCAUUUGCUCAUCCGUGAAUAUAUUUUGUAAAAAUAAAUAUUGAAAUUGUGUUGAUGAUCGUUAGUCAAGAAGUUCUCUCGUAGUAGACGGCAUCUACUAUGGUACACAAUAAAAAUGAGCUUGCGCCGAUAUCAAAUUUUAUCGGCCUUUGGAAUUUGGCUUAAAACUACACAACCUCGCAACGAUAGGACGGCCGAUUCCCCUACACAUUCCCCGUUAAUUUAAAUUUAGUGGAAUGUAAAAUUUAAGAGUUAUCCGCCUCUGUCUUAUAUUAAUUAUGGCCAUUAUUAUUAAUUUGUAAUUAUAUUUGGGUGCUUGUGGCGCAUUUCUAGUGAUAUAUAAAUCGAAACUUUGUGAUUCUCACGCCCUGUGAACGUUAACAGCUGAGAUACAUCUAAGUCUUUAAGACUAUUGUACUAACAUGUUAUAUUCAAAAAGUAUGUUUUUGAUAGUGUCUAGUUACUGGCUCCUUAGUAACUUACAUAUGCCACUAUUGUUAAAAUAUCAAUUAUCUAUGAUUAUUGCUAUUCGUGCGCUGGAAGCAAUUACCUUUUAUAAAUACGUACAUUAUAAAGAAUUGGUGCAUUUAAAUUAUUUUGUCGAUAUCACAAGGGUUUAGUAAAUUGAUUAGUUUACAUAAGAGGAGCGAGGGUAAGCGCUGUAAAGCACCGUACAAUAAUAACAACAUUGGUAUUAAUGUUAAACUUGCAUUGCAUACACCAGCUAUUAGGAUAUUUGUACACAUAACAUUUUCUAAAUAAAUUUAAUAAUUAAA